AUGGUGACACAAGACACACAAAUGGUUUUUGGAACACAGGUGAGACAUAUUCUGAACAUGGAUGAGAAGAAGGCUAUUGAGUGUCUAGCCAAGGAUCCCACAUUGAAAGUGUGUGGAGAGAAUCAGACACUUGUCACAGAAUUCCUGCUCCUAGGACUUCAGUCUUAUGCUGGGAUAAAGAAUUUACUAUUUACUUUCUUCCUGAUGAUAUAUUCUAUGAUACUGAUUGGCAACUUCCUAAUCAUUGGACUGGUGUCAGUAAGCAACAUGCUUAGCUCUCCUAUGUAUUUCUUUCUUAGCAAUCUGUCUGCUGAUGAAAUUAUUUUCACCACAAAUAUUGUACCAAAGAUGCUGCAGAUUUUGCUGGAUACAGAAGGAUAUAUGUCAACUACCAGUUGCUUCUUACAGUUCUUCGUCUUUUGUGUUGUGACCACAGCAGAAUGUUUGCUCCUUGCUAUAAUGUCUUAUGAUCGUUUCUUAGCCAUUUGCUUUCCAUUCCAUUACUUGUCCAUCAUGAACCCCUCGUGUUGCCUUCAUCUGAUUAUCGGCUGUUGGUCUGGUAGUUUUAUGUCUGUUUUGGGGACCUAUAUUCUAAUCUGCCAGUUACAGUUCUGUGGAUCCAAUGUCAUUGACCACUUUUUCUGUGAUUUUGCACCUAUUCUUCGUAUCUCUUCAUCAGACACCUCACUUCUUGAAAUUGAAACCUUCUGCUUUAGUAUUGCUAAUACAUUUUUCCCCUUUGGGUUCAUUAUAGUGACAUAUUGUUAUAUUAUUGUUACCAUCCUCAAGAUCCCCUCAGUAGCCGGCAGACAAAAAGCUUUUUCAACCUGUAGCUCUCACUUGACGGUGGUCUCUGCAUAUUAUGGGACUCUAAUGAUCUUGUAUGUUACACCAGCAAAGGGACUGCCAUUUAAUAAGUUUCUCUCUCUGCUUUACACCUUGGUGACUCCACUCUUAAACCCCAUUAUCUACAGCCUGAGAAAUCAAGAGAUUAAAAAAGCUCUGAGAUCCUUCUUAUUUAGAAAUAAUAUCUAA